UUUACCCGCUCCAGACACUCAUUCAACUGAGGAGACGACCGACAUGGCGCAGGUACCCGCCUUCCUCGCUCUGCUAUUGACGGCCACUUCCUAUGUCCACGCCCAGACUUCCUGCAGCGUCCGACGUGAUGCGGCGUGUUUGGCGAACAUGAGGUCACUCUUCACCAACACCUCGGCCUACUGGUUUGGGACGAGGUUCGCGACGGACUGCCCACCCGGCAGUGAGGGACUCUUGUGCAGAAAUGCCAGACCAUUAGGAACCUCCCUCUUCACUCGACUGAUGGGCGUCAACGCCACCGACUCCAGCGGUUUAUCCUUCGUCAUCGACGUCACGUACCCAAUUACCCUUCCAGCAGAUGGAUCUGACCGAACAUACCCCGGCUGUGGGAGGGUAGUGGACGUACCUUUGACAAGACCUCAAAAUUUCUCCAUCGACGCCCUAAGCAGUACCCUGUAUCCCCCUUUCGACGUGCGCGAGCUUCCGGAAGUGACGUGGCCAGCGGAGGAUAACGCUCUCUACACUGUCAUGAUGUAUGACGCCGGCUUUUGCUUCAUGCAUGCUCUGUACAUCAACAUCGCCGGCGGCAGUCUUGGGAAUGGAGGAGACACCAUACUCCGCCACCAGGGGCCUGGAAACCCCGUGGACAGGGCGACACCCUACGUCUGGCUUGUGUUUAAACAAGAGAGACAACUGGACGUCUCCAGCGUCAACAAUACUUACCUGACACAAACCGCCGCUAACGGCGGGACGGCCUUCGUUGAUGACUUAGUAACGGCGCUGGGACUUUCAACUCAGACGUAUGGCAUCAACGUUGUCAUGUCCGUGACGGAUGAGUACGCCUGUGUCCUCAUCCGGGCAUGGGGAUUACGUAACAGAUGUCCAGUGUAUUACGGACAAUGGAUGAGCCGCUACAUUCAGGAAAGAGGAGGGCUCCCAUCACUUCCAGACCGCCUGGAUCUGACCGUCUCCAUUGACCUCACCUUCACGGCCCCCGCUAUAACGUACAAAUCCUGCGACAUUGUGUAUCAGAAAAGCUCAGAAAACAUCACUGUAGAUUUUGCAAACAGGGGACUAGUAGGCGCCCUGGAGACUCGACUCUCCCCCCAAGUCAGACUGUUACCCGAGGUGAUCCAACCUGUCUCCCCCGAAGUCACACUGAGAGACAAGCAGUACACACUGCUGAUGUACGACCCCAGCCCGGAGCUGGGACAAACAGAACAGAAGUCCUACAUCCAUUGGAUGAUCGUCAACAUCCAGGGUACUGACAUCACUUCCGGUGACGAGGUGUAUGACUGGUUACUUCCCCUGACAUCAAGGCUGAAUGAGCUCUACCUGUUUGUCUUGUUCGAGCAGACGACACCUGUCAACCCCACAACAGCCCGGUCCUUCGCAGCAACCGACUGUCGUCCAGUUUCAAGAUGCAAGUUCAGGGCUGGAGACUUCAUCCGCGCCAACAAUCUCUCCAUUGUCGGUAUGAGAUACUUGAGGGUGAUCCCCGACACCUACCAACAGUAUAUGUCGUACGCCGUGAAGAUGAUCUCGACUAAGAGUCAAGUCUGCUCGGCACAGGUCAACGACCGACCGCAAUGUCCGGUCAUGUCCGGAAGCAAGCAGACAAAACCAGUCGGCAUCAUCAUGUCAGUGUUCACUGCGUUGGCAGCUUACUUGAGUUUGAAAAACUAGCUGGUGAACAUGACGACAAACCGCACCUCUAACUCAGUGAUGAUUUAUGGCACUGAAUACAAUAAAUAUAAAUAAUUCUACGCUGUAAAAAUCACAUUUCCACUCUCUUUUAAGCUCCCUUUGCGGAAAUAUCCAUUAUCCUUAUUAUCAUUUGAUUAUCCUCUUCGCCUUCUAAGGGCGUAAAUUGCUCCUGAUUUUCAGAUAUUAAGCCUGUAAUGUGUCCCAAUAAAGUGAGUCAUUGUAC